CAAGCGGUGGUUUAGGAACCUGGAGCUCGACGCGCAUGGAGCGACAAUAAUAUCUGUCAUCGACACAGUCGCGCAGCAUCAGGGGGCCUGCGGCCCUGCUGGGCAACAUCAACAGCGUCCCUCAAAACCUCGUUAGCGCUCUGCAUAAUUUCUGCCUCACUGAAGCUUGUCUCGUCCCGAACAUUCCUUGACUCUUCUCGCGAUGCUAGUCUUCCUCAGGCUGUUGUUCUGCUUGAUGGGCUCGGCCCAUGUCCUAGCAGCUCCAGGGCUCUGGCCUGCUGCUCAGACACCCCUGGGUAAUAGCGGGCCCGGUUCACGCGCCGUAUUUCCAUUACCGAACAAUUCAGCACUCGUGCAGCCCGUCUUGAAAGACCUGUCGAUUGCGAACAUGCGGGAGACCCUCACCAAAUAUACAGCUUUCCCGAACAGACACCAUGAGACACCAUGGGGAUUGAUAGCGCAAAAAUGGCUAUACUCCAAGGUUAUCGAGACGGCUGUCGUAGCAUCGCACAAGUACGGACUUCCUGACGUGGAAGAGAUGCACCACGCAAAGUGGGCCCAAAACUCAAUAGUUGCGAGGAUCCGUGGAUCAGAUCCCGAAGCGGGCGUUGUCAUUCUCGGCGCUCAUUUGGACAGCAAGAACUACCAAAAUCCCCAAGGCAUCGCCCCAGGUGCCGACGACGACGGUUCAGGUACGGUGGCCAUUUUGGAGGUCUAUCGGUCUCUCUUGGCCGCCAACUUCACGCCGACUCGGACUGUUGAGUUUCAUUGGUACGCUGCCGAAGAAGGAGGCGCUCUGGGAUCAGAGGAGGUAGCGCGUCUUUACAAAGGACGCGAUGUCAACGUUGUUGGUCAGCUACAGAUGGAUGGUCUUGCGUGGGUCAUGAAAGGCACGCGGGAAGAAAUGGCUAUCGCUAUCCCACAUUCUGACAGCGGACUUAUCAGUUUCGUCCAAGCGCUCAUUGAAACUUACUGCAAGCUCCCGUGGGUAACGUUCACACCCCCGAAUAGCGCAGGCAGCGAUCACAUGAUGUGGACUCGGCAAGGUUACCCAGCAGCGUGGGUUGCAGAGGGCACAUUCGAACAUAUGGGGACAUACAUCCACACUGAGAAUGAUCGUAUCGACAUCUCGGACGAAUUCAGCUUCGAGCAUAUGCUCGAGUUCGCCAAGCUGGGGGUCGCGUACGCAAUUGAACUGGGAAGAUGGGAGCAGUGAGGCGGUUAAGGGCUGUUCUGUCCUAUGCAUGUGCAUACUGCUGUCUU